AUGAACAUUUUGUUCAUGUCCCUUCUAGCUGUAGCUGCAGCUUCUAUUUAUGCUCCUGAUUUUUAUCCACAUCCUUCAAUGAUAAUAGCGUUUUGCUUAACUGCAUCCCUAGUAUACUACUUCCUCAUCAGCAAACCCAAUAAAAUAUACUUGGUAGACUUUGCAUGCUACAAACCAAGCAUUUCUUGUCUUUGCACCAAGGAAAUGCUACUUGACCGAGCCAAGCAUGUUGGUUUUCUGUCAGAAGAGAAUGUCAAGCUCGUGACUAAGAUAAUAGAUAGGUCUGGGUUGGGACCACUGACCUAUGUCCCAGAGGGACUAUUGGAGAUCCCACCAAAGCUUACUCUGGAUGAGGCAAGGAAGGAAACAGACACAGUGCUUUUUGGGGCUGUUGAUGAGCUCCUGGAGAAAACAGGAGUUGAAGCUAAGGACAUAGGGAUUCUUGUGGUGAAUUGUUGCUUGUUCAAUCCCACACCAUCCCUAUCGGACACGAUUGUGAAUCACUACAAGCUUAGAGGGAACAUAUUGACCUAUAAUCUUAGUGGUAUGGGGUGCAGUGCUGGUGUUCUUGCUGUAGACUUUGCCAAACAGCUACUACAGGCACACCCAAACUCAUAUGCUUUAGUGCUGAGCACAGAAAAUGAAAUCUCAAGCAUGUACUGGGGCAACAACCCUUCAAUGCUUCUUGUUAAUUGCCUAUUUCGUAUGGGUGGAUCUGCAGCCCUGCUCUCAAGCCAUCCUUCUGACUGCUACCGCUCAAAGUAUCAGCUCAUCCACACACUGCGUACCCAUGUGGGUGCUGAUGAUAAUAGCUACAAAUGUGUCUUUCAGGAAGAGGAUGCUGACCAGAAAAUUGGCGUUUCACUUUCCAAAGACCUCAUGAAUGUUGCAAGGGAUGCACUCAAGGUACACAUCACAUCACUUGGGCCAGUAGUCCUCCCCAUCUCAGAAAAGCUCAAGUUUUUGGCAAAUCUAGUGGAGAGGAAGCUCUUCAAGACGAAGAUGGAAGCCUACAUGCCAAAUUUCAAGCUAGCCUUCAAACACUUCUGCAUCCACACAGGAGGUAGGGCAGUUCUAGAUAGGAUGCAGAAGAGUCUUGAGCUUGAUGACUGGCAUAUGGAGCCUUCAAGAAUGACACUUUACCGUUUUGGAAACACAUCAUCUAGCUCUGUGUGGUAUGAGUUGGCUUAUUGUGAGGCCAAGGGAAGAAUCAAAAAGGGAGAUAGGAUAUGGCAAAUGGCAUUCGGAUCUGGAUUCAAAUGUAACACUGCUGUGUGGCUUGCGUUGAAUACUAUUGAACCGGCAUCGAGGAAAAGUCCAUGGAGGGAUGAGAUUGAUGAUUUCCCUAUUAAAGUUGAUCAACCAAUGCAGAGUAACAAGUAA